AUGAUCGAGCAUAAUGGAAGUCAACAUCAAAACCAUAACUCUGCCCUUCGUACUGCACAUAAAGGUACUCUUUUGGAGAUGAGGAUGGGGGCGGAAUUUGUAAGAUUUCAGAGAACAGUAGACAUCAGCUAUAAGAAGCCAAAUAAUAUCAGGGUCGAUAGAUGCAAGACCUUGAAGGGCAUUUACAGAUGCAUCACGGAGACCUUGGAGGGCAUUUAA